AUGCCGCGACACUAUCAUUACCAGCCCAGCCGCGAACUCCAUGUGGUAGUACUGGGAGCAGGAGGCGUGGGCAAGAGUUGUUUGACUGCCCAGUUCGUGCACAACGAGUGGAUCGAGAGCUAUGAUCCCACCAUCGAAGACUCAUAUCGCACACAGCUUCAGGUUGAUGGGCGCCAAGUUGUUCUCGAAAUCCUCGAUACAGCGGGGACCGAGCAGUUCGUCGCCAUGAGGGAUCUCUACAUGAAGACCGGACAGGGCUUUCUCCUCGUUUUCAGCAUCACCUCUUCAUCGUCGCUGAGCGAACUGGCUGGCUUGCGCGAGGAGAUUAUCCGGAUCAAGGAUGAUGAGAAUGUCCCGAUCGUGAUUGUGGGAAACAAGGCCGAUCUGGAGGAGAAUCGAGCUGUGCCCCGAGCCAAGGGUUUCUCCAUCUCGCAACGAUGGGGCGCACCCUACUACGAGGCUAGCGCUAGGACGAGGAGUGAGUUUGCCCGUCCGUCCGCGGCCAUUACCAUCAUGGCCGCACGACGCUAUGGCCGCAUCCGGACUAACAGACGUGCAGCCAACGUCGAUGAAGUCUUUAUCGAUCUUUGCAGGCAGAUGCUCCGCAAGGACGACGAGCAGAGCGCCAGCAUGGAGGCAGAUGAAGGCUACAAGUACGACCACGGUCGAAGUUCGCACAAGCGACAUCGUCGCCGACGAAGAAAGGACUCGCCACGAUGCGCGAUACUGUGA